UUUUAAAAAGCAGGCUUUUUAUUCACAUGGAUUGUAUCGGGGUGGGUUUCGUCCGCUAGAGUGACGUGCGUCCGAGGCUCUCCUGUCUUCAGUCUGUCCUGUAAACCCCUAGGUUACUCACACAGCGUCUUCACGAAACGUUUGCUCGGCCCACUCGUGACGUUUCCUCCUCCCGGGUGCCCGAAGCAGUCACACUCUGCCGCCUCUCUUUCUCUUUCGUUUCUAGCGGGAGAGACCUGGGGUCUAGCGGAGGAACCGACGGUCGGUCACCGCUGUCGUCAUCGUGCGCCUCUUUGAUAUCCGGCCCUAGACCUCUGCCGGGUCCCCAAGAUGAAAGUUAGUCUAAAUCUGCCGAUGAAGGGAUUCACAACUUGAACCGCACCCGCAGAAAAAGAACAGUCUUGGCAAACAAUGGGGUUUGAUUAAGACCAACAUCUUGAGUUUCGUUUCAGAGCGCCGCUCACCCCAGGACGUAGCUAUAUAGCGCCUUUCCCCCCUCCCAACUGCUUUCUCCGUCGCCGGCAUUGGUGCUCAGGAAGUUAUGCAAUGCCAUACGUAAGUGGGCUAGGAAACAGACGAGCUGUUUUGAUUUAUUUAUUUCCCUGUUUUGUAGCCUACGCGCAGGGGCUGGUGGAGAAGGUGUGCGCUGCCUCUCGACCACGAGCCUUUUUCCGGAGGUCGCCAUCCGCCGCGCCGCCCCCCCCCACCACUCUCGUCCCGUCCGAUUCCACGCCCAUCAGCCAGCGGACCCUCCUGAUCUCGCCCCCAGCCUGCGCCGCUGGAGAGAGGAGUUGUGGACGGGAGUACCGCCAGCCAGCCAGUCGGAGGGAGCGAGCGAGCGAGCGAGCUGCCCGCCUGCCUCUGCCGCACAGCCGCCGAGCGAACAGGGGCUGAGGACGGCUUUCAUCCCGUGCCCGUGAGCGCUUCGCUGGGUGGGGGGGAAGAGAAGGAGGAGGAGGAGGAGGUGGACAGCUCGAUGGCAGAACAGCCCCGAUGAGCUGUUUCCGCUGUAGCGGCCUUCCGGAGGCUGACAGAACUGGGCUGCCAGUGAGGGCCCUGAUGGAGUCCUUGUUCGGGGGCGAGAUGGGACUGCUGGGGGGCGAGGGGCUGAAGGAGGAUGGCUGCCGGGUGGGCUGGCCGGGCUCCCCCCUGCCCGACGACGUGUACUCCGCCUCGCACUUCGCCCUCAUCACGGCCUACCACGACAUCAAGACCCGGCUGGCCGGCCUAGAGCGCGAGAACUCCAGCCUGAAGAGGAAGCUCAAGAUCUACGAGAUCAAGUUCCCCACCAUCAGCGACUUCGGAGAGGAGAGGAACUCCUACUGCUCCUUCGAAUCCAAGGAGACGGCUCUGCUGCAGUCGGAGAACGGCAGCCUGCAGCGACAGGUCAACCAGCUGACGCACGAGCUCCAGAAGAGCAAGGAGCGCGAGGAGCAGCUGGAGGACGUCAUCCAGGCCUACGAGAAGAUCCACAUGGAGAAGAGCAACCUGCAGAGGGACCUGGACAAGAUGACCACGCUGGCGGAGAAGCACGUGGAGCGGAUCCGCGGCCUGGAGGCGGCGCUGAGGCAGCGGGACGGCUCUCUGCAGAAGCUCAACUCCCAGCUGCACAGCAAGGAGGUGCAAUACCUGCAGCUGCACGCCAGCCCCGACAUCUCGCACUUGCUCGACUGCCCGUCCCUGAUGCUGCAGAGCUCCCGCAGCCUGGACGCCCUCUCGGACCUGAAGCUGCAGCGCCUGGAGGCGGAGCUGGAGGGGGCGCGGCACGAGGCGCAGGGGGCGUGCCGGCGGGAGGCGGAGCUGAAGGCGGAGUGCGAGCGCCUGCAGGGGGAGCUGCAGAGGCAGCAGGAGAUGGCGGGCCCGUGCGAGCAGUGCGAUGUGGAGUGGAUAAAGAAAGCUGGAGAUGAGCAGGUGAACCUGGCGCUGGCCUACACAGAGCUGACGGAGGAGCUGUGUCGCCUGCAGACUUUGUGCACCAGGCAGACGGAGAUCCUGAGGAGGGUGUCCCAGGAGCAGAGCAGCCCAGUCCACCGCCACUCUCCUGUCCCCCAGCGCCACUCCCCCGUCCCCCAGCGCCACUCCCCCGUCCCCCAGCGGCACUCUCCCGCCCCCCAGAGGCGAUCGCCGGUACUGCAGCGCCUGUCGCCGGACGUGCACCGCCGCUCGCCGCUGCCCGAGAUCAGCGACGGCCCCGCCUCCUACUCCUGCCGCCCCGCCAGCCACCACCUGCGCGCCAGCUUCCAGGGGCGGCGCAGCUACUCCGAGGUCAGCGACCCCUCGGCCUACCAGCGGCCGGCCCGGUUCCCGCCGGACCCGGUGUCCACGCUGCCCAAGCCGCGCCCGUACGGGGAGGGCUACCUCAAGCAGCAGCAGCAGCCGCCGGCGCCGGCGCCAUCCCCACUGCCUCCCCCUCCUGUUGCGGCCUGUUGGCGGCAGACGCUGUGCUUUACGAGAAGCUUUUCAGUCGAGGUUUUUGCACUUUCGGGCACUUGGCUAACUUUUCGGUCCUGUUGUUUUGAUUGGCCGCAGCUGUGGAUGGAGACCGAGGACAACGACAUCCGGAGCUGCCCGCUGUGCCAGCUGGCCUUCCCCAUCGGCUAUCCCGACGACGCCCUGAUCAAGCACAUCGACACCCACCUGGAGAACAGCAAGAUCUGACGGUCGCUGCCCUACCCCGGUCUCGGGAUCAUCGGGGAACUGAAUAGCGCAGGAGAUCCGGGCGGACUAAAAGACGAGAAGCAGGAUGAACGCUGAACAGGACUUUCAUUUCCAUCUGUCCAUCUGUCCUUGCACCUUAAGACCCGAGACGUGUUCUGCCACAGCGGGCCUGACAGGAACAGAGAGGGUCAGUGCAGGCUGGAAAAAGCAGUCCGUUGAUGCAUUUCACUAACGAACGUGUGUGUUUGUUUUUAAACAGCUUUGCUAUGUGUGUUUUUUUUUUAAAAAAAAGGCCCGAACCGGGUUGAUACAGUUGGGCAUCCAGCAGGGCGACCUGAAAUAUGUCUGGCAGGCAUGUAACGUGCAAUCAGAUCGUUCCGUGUCAGAGUCCCGGGACUGGCGCGGAUGAUGCAGAAGGAAGCUGACUUCUUGGAAACGGGGAAGCUGCACAGGGGGCUGGCUUCUGUCCCCGCGUGUUCCCUGUGUUUGCCUUGGAGCUGGACUCUGUGACUCUGGGUUUCACUGGCUGAGGGGGGGGGGUGGUACUGGAGCCAGGGAGGCAAGGAGCUGGCAUGAGAAAGAACCCAUCCAGAUGACCCACCCAGUGGACACACCCAACAGACCCACCCAGUGGACACAGCCAGUGGACACACCCAAUGGACGCAGCCAGGGGACACAUCCAGACGACACACCCAGUGGACACACCCAGUGGACACAGCCAUUGGACACACCCAGUGGACACACCUAAGGACACAUCCAGUGGAUGCAUUAUGAAGAAACUCCAGUGGGCACACCAAUGGACACAUUAUGAAGAAACACCAGUGGACACACUCAGUGGACACACUCAGUGGACACAUCAAUGGACACAUUAUGAAGAAACACCAGUGGACACACCAAUGGACAGAUUAUGAGGACACACCAGUGGACACACACUCAGCUGUCAGAGGACACACCAGUGGACACACGCCUGUCCAGAUGUUUAUAAAAGCCCUGUUGUACUUGACCUCCACCUCCUCCAGGGCUGCCCUCUCGUCUAAUUCUCCUGCUAAUGAGACACAUGGAAAUCGAAAUGAUUUAAGGCCGCGUUUAUUCUUCACUCUGAUGCUCCUCGUUUUGUCUUCCCUCGAAGGCGUGGAUUUGUAUUUGGCAAGUAUACAGUCAAGCAAAAUACCGCGUUGAAUGUGAAAAUCUGUUCAAUACACCGAUCGGGUCCGUAGCGGUAUAAAUACAAAAAGCAUUUCAAACUGAUAAAAAAAAGUACGUCGACUUAAUAUCCAGGAUGAUCCAAAAAAGCCAGCUUUCGGUCUAGACAUAUUUCUUUGGGGGCCCUGCCGAGGAAUGUGAGGGUGAUCUGUGCGCCUUUUAUCGCAACGCGAAUCCUAAAGAAGCGCUGCAUUAUAAACGUGUGUAGUAUUUUGUUUGUAGUCUUCUAAAGGCUGGAAAAUGUCACUUUUUGUGGGAUAUCAAAAAAGGAUUGACGUUUUUUUUUUUGUUACCACGGUAAAG